AUGACUAGAGACAGAGGUCUUGAGGAAGACAACCCCAAGGAGAAGACCGUCCACACUUCCAACGACGGCACUCCUCUCGACGUGAAGCCAUCCGACAAUGGCAGCGGACAGGGCAGACAUGAGCAUGCCGUCAGUAAGGAUGAAGUCGACGAUACCACACUCUUCUACAACCUCAAUAAGGAGAAAGCCGGCUCUUUCACUGCGGAGAUGGAAGGUAAGCUUGUGCGCAAGAACUUCUGGUUUCUGCUUGGUCAAACCUGGUGGAUCGCCUUCCUGAUCCACCUGGACAAGUCCACACUGUCGCAAGCUAGCACUAUGGGGAUCUUUAAGGAUGUCGACAUGACGAAGAAACAGUACAAUGACCUUUUUGUGACCGAGUCUCAGAUUGUACCGAGCACCACCAUCCUUCAUCAAGCAUUCUUUUCUCCAAAGAAAAGUCCUUGGGUUCAGCUUCUUUGGUGGGCUUCGGGCAGCUUCGCAAACGUGCUUCUCACCAUGGUUGCUUACAAGUUGAUCCUCCUCGAUGAUGCUCAUACACUGAUUGGCGGGCUGUCGUCGUGGAAGUGGUUGCACAUUAUAUGUGUGAUCCUGACCUUUAUCAUGGCAGUCCCGCUGGCUUUCUUCCUGCCAAACUCACCCGUGGAGGCGAAAUGGCUCUCGACCGCAGAGAAGCUUGCUGCCCCUUGGUCCAACAAGGUCGCGCUCGUUGUUGGCACUCAGAUUUCAACAUUCAAGCCGUCCUAUCUGCUCGGUCUUUCUUGGGCUGGUACCGCCACGACCGGGUAUACGAAGAAGCUUACCGUUAUGUCAACCUGUGUGGUUGCUGCAUCGGCUGCAAAUAUGAUUUCGCCCGAGUUUUGGCAACCCAAGUACAAACCAAGAUACACUCUACCAUGGGCUUUCAUGACUGCAUUUUGGUUCAUAUCACCUGCCAUGUGCCUUGUGAUCCGCUGGUAUCUCGUCCGCGAGAAUCGACGCAGGCAGGCUAACCUGGAUACUGCUGGAAGUUCGGACGACAACGAUAUCCUGGACACUGGGGACAGGGUUGUCCAUGUGUACAAGGAAGAUCUCGAUCUGACGGAUCGCCAGAAUCAAAAGUUUAUUUACCCGUUGUGA